CAACAACAUUAUUCUAUUCUUAAAUAUAAUCGUUUAAUAAUAUACACGCGUUGUGUCGGAAUAUUUAUAAUCAUAUGAAAUCUUAAGAAAUGUAUAGGAACAUCUAUUUUGAGAUAUCUUUUUGCAUUAAUACACACACACACACAAUAUAUAUAUAGUAUGUAAGUGAAUUAGUCCUGUCAUGUCUCAUUGUUACCAUUAAAUGAUUCUACUGUUACAGUAACCUUUUGCACUUCUCGCUACCAGCGAAAUAAAGAAAAAAAUAAAUAAAUAAAAGAUAACAACGAAGUUAAAAAGAAGACAAGGGAAAGAAAGCAAUAAAGAUAGAAGAAGAAGAAGAAGAAGAAGAAGAAGAAGAAGAAGAAGAAUAAGAAGAAGAAGAAGAAGAAGAAGAAGAAGAAGAAGAAGAAGAAGAAGAAGAAGAAGAAGAAGAAGAAGAAGAAGAAGAAUAAGAAGAAGAAGAAGAAGAAGAAGAAGAAGAAGAAGAAGAAGAAGAAGAAGAAGAAGAAGAAGAAGAAGAAGAAGAAGAAGAAGAAGAAGAAGAAGGAAAAGAAAGCAAUUACUUUAGUAGUGUGCGACUGUUAGUUUUUGUUUUUAUCAGUAGCAGUAGUUGGUCUUAACACGUGGGAUAGGCAUCUUAGUUACAGCCACUUCUUGAUGUAAUAGUCGUCAUUUUCUUAUCAAAAGAAUGACUCGGUCAUUCAUUCAGACAGUCAACGGGUCAAAAUCACUUCAGUCCAGUUGCUGUAGUAAGCUAACUUAUAGUAACACAACUAUUCGGCACGCACUGACAUCAUCCCAUCUAAACAAACCAGCCAUUUGCUCCUGUGACAAUUUGUUUAACAACUGGACAAGUGAUAUAUACGAAGAAAAAACAUCGAAUUAUACUAUAGAGCAGCAGAAAUUAUCAAAGAAUCGUCGGCAAAUUCUGCAUAAUAUUAACCAAGCACAACAAGACUACAAGAUGGAAUCGACAAAUUUAUUUCUGGGGAGGGACUAUGUUGAAAGCAGCAAAGAAGACGAAGUCCGACGCAAGGAAUAUAACCUGAUCGAGAACCAACUUUCUACAAAUGAACAGAAUUUAAGAAAACAACAAAUUGAAAAUGAAAAUAAUUCACAGACAGGACAUGGAUAUCAUUACAACAGUUUUGAAAGCGAUUCUCAUUGCAAACCUUAUUCUUCAUUGGAAGCCUAUCGGAAAACACGUUUCAAAGAGAAUUGUGGAUUGUUUGAUAGCAAAAUCCGAAAUUAUGAUGAUAAAAAUACCUCAAAGUUUUGUCUCCACAAUGUAGGAUAUAUCUAUAGUUUUCACCGAACUCUAGCAUAUAUCAAUAAUACUCUAUUAUUGUUACAUCGUAUCUUCAGGUUUAUUUCAAUACGGUUCAAACCGUGUUUCUUCACGUUUAUUUUAAUGUCACUUCUUCAACCUGGUCCCUAUUGCUUAUAUUCGUUUGCACAUGCAAAAUCACUGAGUCCCCUUAUAGAAAUAUCAGAAAAUAAAAGCCAGAAUGCAGUGGAAUCUGUCGGCGUGUCUGACGUCACCAUGAAUGAGUCUAUUAAAGAGUACAACAUCGACAAGGGGCCCAGUGAUAGCGACCAAUCGACUGAAGACUAUACAGUGGACAAUGGAGCUUUUACGGAUGAAAACCCCUCAAAACUGCAUACCAGAAGUGUUGGAGAUGAACUGACACACAAAGGAAAUCAAGAGAGCAACGAAGUUAACACAAUUUCUGCCAACGGUGAUACAUCCAUGAAGGAAACAGAUCACGAGAAUGAACAGCAAACUGUUUUAAAUACAUCCGUGGAGACUUCCAUGGAAGAAUCGGAAAACAGCAGUGAGGAAAGCAUCGAUAAUGACGAUGAUGAUGAUGAUGACGACGACGAUGGUGAGGAUAAAACCGUCGACGAAAAUACGAAUUCUUCCAAGGGAAUUAUCCCAGAAUAUAUGUUAAAACUUUACAAAAAGUUUACUCAGAAACAGUACAUGCAUCCUGCAUCGGAUACCGUUCGGAGUUUCAGUAACAUCAACGAUGGUAUAAGCUGGUACUUUAUUUAUCGACGCCGAAAUGGUGAAAUGCAACGUAGACCUUGGCGAAAUUUGAACUCAGAAGAUAUAUUGUUCAAUACUACAGCGAAAACGGAAUUACCCGGAGCUGUCACGCGGAACCAUACUUUAGUUUUCAACAUUAGUAAUUUCCCAAAAGGUGAGCAAAUAAACCUGGCCCAACUACGCUUAUACAAACUCGUAGAAAGAGAUCGUAACAGAUAUGUGGGUGAAAACCGCAUUGUAUCUCUCUACGAAGAAAUCAUAAAAGACGAUUCUCCACAUCUAAGACUUGUGUCUCAAAAGCAUAUCUAUGGAAGAAAUAGUGGCUGGGAAUCUUUUGAUGUUACACCGGCAGUCAAACGUUGGAUUGAUGAAAUAGGGAAAGGUUAUGUUCAAAUAUUGCAAGUGACAAUCGAGAGUAUAUUUAAUAAUACGUGGGGGGACGAUAUGGAUAUAAGUACCACACCUCGUAAUAAGAAAGAACCUUUAUUGGUUGUUUUUUCCAAGCAGAUUAACAAGCGUCUCGUUCAUAAACUAGAGAGAGACGAGUUUCUUCAUCACGAAAUGAUCGUCAGGCAAAAUGAGGGCACCGGUAAUAACACCUCGACGAGUCAAUCGAGAAAAUCUCAGUCAGGAAGCACAAACUAUGACUAUGACGAUGAAGAGGAAGAUGAAGAGGAGGAAGAGGAGGAAGAGGAGGAGGAGGAGGAGGUGGAAGACGAUUAUAUUGAUGAGUAUGACGAUGAAUAUGGCGAUGGUGUCAGUGAAAGUGAUACCACGACACCGGAAGUUACGUCGUAUGCCAAAGUGAGGCGAAGUAUACGGUCCGAUAAGAAUUACGUACAACCAGAAAAGACGAGGGUGAAGCGAAGUAAGAAAUCCGCUCGGCGUAAUAUUUGUAAAAAAUCUAAACUUGUCGUAGAAUUUCGCAACAUCGAUGGCCAUGAUUGGGUUAUAGCACCGAAAAAAUAUGAUGCAAACGAAUGCAUUGGUAAAUGUUACUAUCCCUUGGCUCAGCACCUACAACCAACAAAACAUGCUAUGAUAAGAGCUAACCUUCACAUUCAGAACAAAAAAGUCACCAGGCCGUGUUGUGUACCCAUAAAACUAGAACCGAUAUCUUUACUAUACCAAGAUGCAACCACUCAGAGUUACACAUUCAAAUAUAAAUAUGAAGGUAUGAGUGUUUCUGCCUGUGGCUGUCGGUGACGAAGUUCUGGGAGAAUACCGACUUGGAAAAUUGUCAAAUAUGAAAAAGUGGACUGAAUUUAAGAAACGAAGAAGCAAUUAUUUCUGUUAAUGAAAUUCUUCAUUAAAUUCUUCAUUAAGAGGCAAUUAAAGUUGACAAUUUAUCGAUGUUUGAUUGAUAUGUUUCAUUGA